GCUCCAUUACCAAGCUUAAACCUCAAUCUAAUGACGAACAGAUAUCAAUGUUUAUUGUAUUUAUUUUUGUACCGAAACCAUAUAUAAACAAGAUUGGCAGCUCGUAAAUGAUAACAUUACGUUACAUCAAAUGACGUUCAUACUGAAGUUGAUAAAGACGUAUCUGCCCACGGCAAGUAACCAAAUGUCUUUCUUUUGUAUUCUUCAUCGGUACUAAUCUCUGUGUUUAGUUCACACCUAUGCCAACCGUGUCAACUAACCUAACCAGACCCGUGAGUGGCACACGGGCCCGAUACAAACAGCCGCCCGUCGCUAUAUAAGCCGAGCAUGUGUUCAGACACACCGUGUAGAACUUAACGUGACACCGGCAGCAAACAUGUGGGUUUUCGGCUACGGCUCUUUAAUUUGGAAAGUUGACUUCCCGUACGAGGACAAACGAGUGGGCUUCGUCAAGGGCUUCAGUCGCCGGUUCUGGCAGGGAAGUACAGAUCAUCGAGGAGUUCCUGGAAAGCCUGGCCGAGUGGUGACAUUAAUAGAGGAUCCAGAGGGCUGUGUGUGGGGUGUUGCUUACAAGUUGCCAUCAGGCCAAGAACAGAAAGUGAAAGAGUAUCUUGACUACCGUGAAAAAGGAGGCUACGGUGUGAUCACGGUUACAUUCCAUCCCAAAGACGAACAACAGCAGCCAAUGCAAGACACAUUGCUCUACAUCGGCUCCUGCGACAACCCAAAUUACCUUGGCCCGGCACCACUGGAGACAAUUGCUCGGCAGAUAGUCAAGUCCGUAGGCCCCAGUGGCAAGAAUACAGAUUACCUGUUCGAGCUGGCAGAUGCCCUGCGACAACUAGUACCUGAAGACCUGGAUGAUCACCUGUUUUCUCUGGAGCGUCUGGUGAAGCAGCUGCAGGAGCAGGAGGACAUGGAUUGAUCCACCAAGUGUCUUCUGAAGAGCUCAGGGAUCUGUACUAAAAAAGAUAAGCUGGAAAAGCAUUAGAUGAGGAGGAGAUACUCUACAAAAUAGUUUUUUAAUAUACAGUAGUCUCUUUACUGAGUAUUUGGUCCCACUUUAUAUUAAGUGGCCUUAACUAUUAUGUACUUUCAUUUGGUACAAGUCACUUGUGCAUUUGUAUUUAUAACUGUAAAAAUAACUGAGUGUAAUUACAUUAAUAAUUACACUGUUGACUUUCAUUGUUAAUCUAUACUCUUAGACUUACCCAUACUACUAAACAUGUCCCUUACCUUAACUACUGUAUAUACCGCCCCAAAUUCCUCAUAAAUGUUUUGUACCAUGUAGUUAGGUCACUUUUAAGGACACUUAAUAUGAAAUGGAACCAAAUGUUUUAAUAAGCACUUGAUUUGUUUUCAGAUCAUUUGUUUCGUUAAAUAAUGUAACGCUAAAGCAGAUUUCAGUAUAUACCACAUGAAAGUUGUGGGUACGUCCAUGAAAAUGUAAAUAUUAGGAAUUUUAAUAUUUAGAGGUCGGUUUUAUUGUGCUCCGGAUACUUGAAUAUGUUACAAAGCCAUUUUCAGUUUAUUGAUGAAGUCCCGUACUUUAAAAUAAGCCAUGGCGAGGAGAAUCGCAUGAAUAUAAACAUGGUUAGGUCACAUUUUACCCUCCGAAAAACACAUGCAAUAAAUAAAUAAUGAAUUGAAUAGACAAAAUAAACAGAGUAAUGUUUUAUUUUUUAUAAAUCAAGUAAAAAUAUAAGAAUAUUUUCCCAUCUUAUUCACUUUUCUAUUUUUAAUUUUUUGUAAUGCAAAACGUCCAUCAAAAUCCAAAGUCUCUCCGUCCAUCCAUUCAGUUACCUACAUUUUCUGUACAUAAAUAAUAGGCUUAUUACUAUUAUUCUUAUUAUUAUUAUGAUGAUUAAGUUAUCAGUAAAAAAUUAAACAAAUGCACAUUUUUCUCCCCUCCAAAAAAACUUACCUUUUAACAGCAAAUCAAGAAAACUGAUAAUAACCCUGAAGUGGUCUCUUAAUUUUUUUCAGAGCUGUAUUAUAGUUACUUAACUUUGUCUCCGUAGGGAAAUUUCAUUAGCAGCAUACACACUCAGACAUCUGACAUUUGGCAUUAAUAUAAAUAACUCAUUUAAAAACAUGGUACCCUUAUGCCAAGUUCAGACUGCAUGAUUUUCAUAGUAGUCGUGUCACAGAUGUUUUCACACUGCAUGACUAUCUGGGCUAGCGUUUUGUCACUGCUUUGUUUACACUGUAGGACGGAUCAGCGACGGGGGUUCACACUGCAAGACUUUACAAUAGGAAGAAUCGCCGACAACUUUGUUCAAACUAUGUCUCACACAACCAAAAACAAGUAGUAUAUAUUUUGUUAUUAACUACAUAAUGAGAAAAAGCCUUUAAUGGGGUAGAAAAUGUACAUAUUUGCUCACCUGGUUUUGAAAGGAAUUCGCUAUUUCUCCUCAGCUUCUUUCUUUUUUGACCCGGGUGCUCCUGCCAAAUUUCCACUAGUUUUCCUUCAUUUCUUGGGUCCAAAUAAACUGAAAAUGAGCGCUUUUAACUUUUCCCCCAACCUCCAGCUGGCCUGUAGCUACCCACACUAGUGGAUGCUGCUCUCUCAUUGGCUGUAGGUAAUCGCUGAUGUUAUUUUCAGUCAGAACACACUUCACAUGGCAUGAUUUUGAAUCACCGACAGGUCGAGCGAGAUAUUUAACAUGGCAAAUAUCUCACGGCAUUGGCGACUCAUCGGCGAUUCUCUCAGAUCGUGUCUUUGAUAGUUCACACUGUGUGAUUGUUACUCGUGUGAACGAGCACCGAUUUGCCUGUGAUUUCAGGCAUUUGUCGGCGGUUUCUCUAAACCUGUCGGGGAGUCAAAAUCUGGGCUAAAAUCAUGCAGUCUGAACUUUGCAUUACUCUAAAUAAAUAUCCAGUCUACUGGUCAUCAACUGCUAGUGAGAGAGAUGGAAUUUAAAAACUUCAUUGCUUGAGGUAUAAAUGAUCAUUUUGUCCUAUUUCUUACACAUCUGGGAACACAAUGUUGAUGACCUGAUGGUAACAAUUGUGGAAGGUGUAUGAUAAAGGAUGUGUUUCAUCAUUGACAAUCAUGACAGCCUUAUUUAGUACUUUUUCUUUGUAUAUACUCUCAAUGCUCUUUAGUUUUAUUCCCAACAAAUUACAGACUGUUGUUACCACCUUCCCCAGUGACCUCUUCUGGGCAUCAGAAGCAUUUCCAUACCAACAGAUCACACAGAAUGUUGCAAUAUUUUCUAUAAAAGCACU